AUGUUGAGGGUACUAGGCGGGCUACUUGGCGGUAAACCAAAAGAGCAUGUUAUUGACAAGUACACUAGGGACUUGACUGCCGUUACUUUUACAAUACACGAGCUUGACAAACGGCUGAAGCGCAACGAUGAGGUGUUAAUGAGGUGGCAACACCGGUUGAAGAUCUAUGGGACGACACUUGUGGUUCUAUUCGGCGCAAUGGCGUAUAGCAACUACCGGUCGCUACCUGUGACUGGCCUUACUUUCUUGCUCGGCUUGCUGGCUAUACUGGGCCUGAGCCGGCUGUUGUGCAAGGUAUUUGAAUAUCAGCGACGCAAUAUCGUGAUAAAGCUGGAUAAGGCUCGCGCGCAACACCAGGGCACGCUGGAGGAUCUGAAGAAGGCGACGAACUUCUACUCCACACACUCGUUGAUACAAAGGUUUUCGUCCGGCCCCUUGCAGAGCCAGGACGCUUCGACGUUGAUGGACGAAGAGCUGCAAUCCAAGUACGAUGAACUGCAGAACCUGCAGAAGGAGCUGGCACAGCUACGUGGCGACAGUAGCGGAAAGAGCACGAAUGAGGCACGCGAGGAAACUGACAGGUGGUUUGACAAGGUUCUAGACGUACUUUCCGGCGGUGGCUUUGCGAUCGAGAAUAACUUGGUGCCGGUAACCUGCCGGAAGUGCGCGAAAACCAGUGGCUGUUACGUCGUACGCAACACCGAAUGGACGUAUGUGUGUCCACACUGUGGUGAGCAGCAGACGAACAGCGCGGAGCCGGAGGGCACCACGUCCCGGUCUCCAUCUGGCGACAUGAAGGAUAAAAAUUCGACUACAUAG